GUGUUUACGACAGUCGAGCGCGGAAUCCGGCAGCGGCGUGCUCGGUCUCGCCCAUAGACUGUAUGGUCUCGCCAGACAGAACAUAAACACACACACAUUAAUAACACUCAUAAAGUCAUCAGUCCGGUGGAUGGAGACGGUGAGGUCGCUUCGCAUGUCUGAAUGAAGUGGCUGCAGCUGUGACUUCCUGUGCAUGAAUAAGAGACACCACUGAACCCAUCAUCACUCCUCAGAUCGAACGUGAACCCAACAGGAUGGCGCAGGCCGUGGCCAACGUGGCUCGGAGGAUCAAUGCCACCGUGGAGGAGCAGAGAGACUCGCUGGAUCUGUCCGACUGUGGCCUCGUUAGUUUCCCCGACGGCGUCUUCAAAAUGAUCCGCAGCUGCACAGACAACAUCCAGAAGAUCUCUCUGGCCAACAACCAGAUCAAAGCCCUGAGCAACAAGUUCUUCCUCACCUUUACUCAGUUAAGAGAGCUGGAUCUGCAGGGGAACGUCCUCACAACGCUGCCGGAGGCGAUCGGAAACAUGCAGCACUUGAUCAGCGUGGAUCUCUCCAGAAACACACUGAGGGUUUUCCCCGAGCGGCUGACGGAUGUGAGCAGCCUCCAGCACAUCAGCGUGGAGCAGAACCACAUCACAGAGCUGCCGAUGGAGAAGCUGUCUCUGAUGCCUGCUCUGAAGAGUCUGGACGCUCGGAGUAACCCGCUGACGCCGGAGACCGAGUCUCUCCCGCAUCACUUCACGCUCCUGACAUGAGUAAAGAACACGUCUGUCUCUCUCUGAUGCUGCAGUUUCAUCUCCAUGCACUGAACCGCAUGCUGUGCCUCUCAAGUUUUCAAUAAAGAUAUUUAUUAAAUCCUGCAAA